UAACUCUUAAAAUAAAUUACUUGCUACUAACUUCUCAAUUGUCUAUGUGUUAUCGUCCAUUUCUUGUGGCAAUCGUGAAAUAAGAAUUGUUUUGUACGUGGAGUUAUGAAUCCCUUAACGAAUGUAAAAAAUAUCCAGAAGCUCAAUGAGAAAAUGUUGUCAAUGGGUGUUGAAGAUGAUUCAUCAUGGCAUAGGCAGUAUAAAGACAGUGCCUACAUAUUUAUUGGGGGAUUACCUUAUGAUUUGACAGAAGGAGAUGUCCUCUGUGUUUUCUCACAGUAUGGAGAAAUUGUAGACAUAAACUUAGUACGGGAUAAGUCAUCUGGAAAAUUUAAAGGCUAUGGUUUCUUGUGUUAUGAAGAUCAAAGAAGCACUAUUCUAGCUGUGGAUAAUCUAAAUGGAAUAAAGCUCGGCGGACGAACCAUUCGGGUUGAUCAUGUUGCGAACUACAAGCGACCUAAAGGGGAUGAACGUGACGAGAAUGGAGAGAGAAAAGAGCUGCCAUUGACUGGAUGUGCACCUGUAACUCCUUCUGCAUCCGAAGACGAAGAUCCUCUCGAAUACAAGGAUGACAAAGACUCAAAGAAGAAGAAAAAGAAAAAAUUGAAAAAGAAGAUGAAAGAUAACAGAAAAGAUAGCAAGGACUUAAAAGAUGAAUACAAUUCUCAAAGCCGAAAGCGAUCAAUGACGAACUUAAAUACCAAAGAACUCGGCAAAUCUGUUGGUGAUCGAAAUGUUGAAUAUAAAAGAAAAAGAACGGAACAUCGUCACUCAAAAGUUUAAAUAAUCUGAAAAGAGAGAUCGACUAUACAAUAAUAAUUCUUCUAGUGACAAAGGUAGUAUUUAUAGCCAAUUAAUAAUUUUGUGGGGUUUUUUUGUUUGGGAAAAACCCAUAAAUGCUACGAGCAAUCGAAGAAAUUCUUAUUGCAGUAAUGUGAUUUAACUCGAUGUUUACAUGAUAAUAUCUACAUUUUUGUCAUGCCAUUGAUUGACACAUCUUUUAUUUUUAAUCCUACAUCUUGUACAUACGUGGUACACCUUGGCAAUGUUAAUGUUUUUAUUAA